AUGAGGACCAAUCCAUGGAAGCUCAUGAGAGCUGGGAGGAGGCCGGCGAGACUCCUCCAAUCAUGGAACAAAGUCAACCUCUACAAUCUCAAACACGCAACUCUCCCCGUAACCUCCUCGAAAAACUUCUUCCAGCAGAAAUGGCUCGCCAAAUCCCUGGCCCGCACAUACCACGGCGAGCAAGUCCGUGAGUCGCAAUGGGAGAAAAUGUUCUGCCGCCGUCUGCGCUCGGUCGUCCCUAUGGAUGUCAAUUACCUGGCUCGAAACGACGGUUCUGCUGAGUCUGCUGGGCGAGGUUCAGGUGUUCAGGAGGCUGGUCCGCGCAAGGCACCGCUUACACCAUACAUGCAGAUGGCGUUUGCGCCUCUGGAGAGGCGGCUGGAUGUUGCUAUCUUUCGUGCCAUGUUUGCCAGCAGUACGAGGCAGGCGAGGCAGUUCGUUUUACACGGCUCUGUUACGGUCAAUGGGAAGAAGAUGAAACACCCGGGAUACCUUUUGAACCCUGGUGACCUUUUCCAAGUGGAUCCAGAACGAGUGAUGUUUGCUACGGGUGCACCCAAGGAUCCUCAACAACGCCGCAGUGGCCGUAGACGGCGCAACCGGAAACCCGCACAGACUCAAUCGGAACAGCCUGCUGAAGCAGAAGGCUCUGAAGAGACCAAGGCGGCUGAGGAAACAUCUGCCUCUGCAGAAGGAGCUGAAGGACAGACAGAAAACGCAGAAAACGCAGAAAACGCAGAAAAUGCAGAGAAAUCCAGCCAAGAUACCGAACACAAGGAACUAUCCCCCGAAGAAGCGCGGACUAUACUGACCCGGCUCCUCGCCCAAGCCAAAGAUAUCAUGAACAACAAGGACCUCUCCGCACCCUCCCAAAGACUCAACCUCAAUAACUUCCGCAAGGGCGUCCGCAAGGCCCUCUCCAGCACCGUUUCCAGCACCAACAUCGUCGAAGACUUCGAAGCCCAAUUCCUCCAACUAAAAGCCCUGGCAGAAAAAUCCACUUCCCCCUCCUCCUCGUCCCCCCCAGAAUCAUCAGAACCCCAGUCCCAACCAUCUCCUUCCAAACUCCCCGAAUCCGUCCUCCCCACACCUCCUUCCUCCCACAACAAAACAACCCCCACCUUCUCCCCUUCAACACCCCAAGACCCAAUCCUAACCGCCGCCCUCCGCCAAGCCCUCCAAACCUCCUCCUCCUCCUCCUCCUCCACCACCACUACCAUCAACCAACCAACAUCCACUACCCACCCCCACAUCUCCCCCGAAGACCUCACCAUCCUCCGCCAGGCCCUGUCCCAGCUCCACGAGAACCCCAUAGACACUCUGAAGCCGUACGCCACCCCCUGGCGGCCGCGCGACUACAUGAGCGCCUUCGCGUUCAUCCCGCGCUAUCUGGAGGUUAACCAGAACAUUUGUGCGGCGGUGUAUUUGAGGCAUCCUGUAGCGAAGCCGGGGAGGUCGGAGGUGCCGUCGCCGUAUCCGGAUGCGGUUAAUGGGGCGGCAUUUGCGUGGUAUUUGAGGAGGCGGUAA